UAAAUGUUUGAUUUUUAUUGUAAUAUUGAACGGAUAUCAACCAUCAUCACCACCAGCACAACGAUGAUGGCGUUAAUUGUGUUGUUAGUGUCGACGAUGACGACCACAUCGAUGACGGAGACCACCAAAACAGGACGACAGCAGGACAUGAUCGGUGGUCCCGAAGAGCAACUGUGCAACGAUCUGAUCAUUGACGCGGCUGUCAGUGCAGAUGACGGCCUGAACUAUAUACUGAAAGGUGAAUCCUAUUGGAUAAUCGACACCCAAACGGGUGCGUCGCCCGAACCGGGCGAUUGGAUUGACAACCGUUGGCCUGGACUGCCGACACCAGUGGACGCGGCGUUUACCAUUGAUGAGGGCAAAUAUGGUUUGGCCACUGUUUUCAUUGUUAAAAACAAAUGGUUUCUCUAUAAUAAAAAUGUUUCGAAAAUCAAUGGCACGACAGAUGAGUGGAACUAUAUGCGAGUCAACGACAAAGUAAUGGCCGCUACCGAUCACUACUUCGAUGAUAACGGGUCGCUGGCCCGCAAAGAUGCUGCCGUUUAUAUCAUAUUCGAGUCCAAGUGGUACACAAAAUACCAGUUCUACAGUAUAACAGAUCCCCGAUACGUAUCGACUGGCGAACUGGUCAGAGCCGGCGAAUAUAUGGCAUUCUUUAGCCACAUUAACAAUCAGCCGACGGGUGACAACUUUGGCAACUUUAUGGAUAUUAAAGCCGUGAUUAUCAAUAAAAACAAUUUGGUUAUGUUUGGCGAUAAAAACUAUUGUAUUGGCGCUAAUGUUAAAGACAUGCCGCGGUGUGAACCAAAAACUUUGAUACAAACUCAACAAUAUUUCAAUUGUCCCCGAAAUUCACGGCCGACUACUACUACUACCACCACCACAACAACAACCACUACUACGACUACUACCACAACAACCACUACAAAACCGAUGACGACGACAAGCCCUGCCACUGCUAUACCAGUCAAUGCCAGUGAUGUUAACAACAGUACCGCAACUAUUACAGACGAUAGUGUGAUGACCAAUGUGUCGGCGAUGAUGACGACGGCGAUAACAAUAGCCAACUCGUCGGCAACCGAUCUGACGGGCAGUGAUUUAUCGUCGGUGUUGGCCACUACUACUGGCAAACAACACAGCUAUACAGUCUAUAUAGUGAUUGUCGUCAUAAUAGUCAUCCUAUUGGGUAUUGCAGUGAUUGUAUUCGUUGUCUGGCUUUGGUGGUCUGUUGUCCGAAAUAAACUGUUAUCGAGUUAUACGCGAAGUAACCAAACAAAAAGUGAACCAUCAGAAGAACAUCUGUCCGGAACCGUUGGUCGAAACAAAAGUGACGACUCGUUGACUGAAAAGAAAGCGAAGACAAAGACAAUGGCGACGCCGACGACGACGACGACGACAGCAUCGAUUAAUAAGAAGACUAUUCCGAGAAGAAGUUCCACUGAUUUGCUGGAAGCGGAUCAGCUCAUCACACAAAUCAGAUCUAAUGACGAUAUUGACGGCGAUUUAGAGAUUUGA